AAGGGAUGCAGUCUGUCAUUCUGCCAUUUACAACUGAAGUCCUGAAGCUUCAGGAUGUCACCGUGGAGUGGAAACACGAAGACAAGAAAGUCCACGUGCGUCAGAAUGGCCGUAACCAGUCUCACGAUCAGGAGGUGAAUCAAGAGCCACUGACAAAUGGAAACCUGCAACACACUGAUGAUGGUACCUACACCUGCACUGUCUACAGUGAGGGUGAAGAAAUCCUGCUACAGAAAGUCGUGUCGAUCACAGUGAGAGUGUACCCGGUGGAAAUGGUGAAUGCGACACAAGGAGAGAAGUCUAUCCUGCUGCCUUUUAAAGUCACAGAUCACCUUCCUCAGGAUGUCAAAGUUGAGUGGAGACUCAUUAACCCUGAAGACCGGAUGGUCUACGUGUAUGAAAGGAGUAAAAAUGAGUCUCCUUCACGGGACCAUGUAUACAGAGGUCGUGCAGAGAUGACUGAAGAUCCACUGACAACUAAAGACCUCAGUCUGACCCUGAAAGACCUCCGCCUCACUGACAGUGGAGUCUACACCUGCACCGUCUACAACAAGGAUGGACACAUGCUGCUACAGAAAGUAGUGACUCUCAGUGUCAGAGACUAUCCACUGGAGAUGGUGGAAGUGACACAGGGAGAGGCGUCUGUCCUGCUGCCCUUUAAAAUCACAGAAGACCUCCUUCAGGACAUCAAAGUAGAGUGGAAACAUCAAAAUAUCAUCGUCCAUGUGUAUCAGAACAGCCAAAACCAGUCUCUCUUAAUGGAUGAGGAUUAUAAAGGCCGCACAGAGAUGAAUGAAGAGCCUCUGAAAAAUAAAGACCUCAGUUUGACCCUGAAAGGCCUCCAACUUAGUGACCGUGGUGGCUACACCUGCACCGUCUACAACAAGGAUGGCAGCAUCCUGCUACAGAAAGUAGUGACACUCAGUGUCAGAGGAUACCAGACAGAGAUGGUGGAGGUGAUGGAGGGAGAGGGGUCUGUCCUAAUCCCUUUUAAAAUCACAGGUGACCUUCCAUAUGACAUCAAAGCAGAGUGGAGACUCACUCACCCUGAAGAAAAGAUGGUCCAUGUGUAUGAGAGUGGAAACAACCUCUCAGAUGAAGACGACCAGGAGCAGGUUUACAGUAGCCGCACAGAGAUGAAUGAAGAUCCUGUGACUACUAAAGACCUCAGUCUGAUCCUGAAAGACCUCCACCUCACUGACAGUGGAGUCUACACCUGCACCGUCUACAACAAGUAUGGAUACAAGCUGCUACAGAAAUCAGUGACUCUCAGUGUCAGAGAUGUUGGGAUGCAGAUGGUGGUUACACAAGGGCUAAAGUUUGUAAUGCUGCCCUUCAAAAUACCACGUGACCUUCCUCAGGGCACCACAGUGGAGUGGAGACACAACAGUGUGAAAGUCUACAAGUGCAAGUUGAUAGUUAUAAGUUGUUGCACAGAGCACCAGCCUCGCAGAGAUCGUGCAGAGAUGGAUGGAUAUCCACUGACAACUGGAGACUUCAGUCUGACCCUUAGAGACCCCCACCUCACUGACAGUGGAGUCUACACCUGCAUCGUCAACAACACAUACAGAGACAUCCUGCUACAGAAAGUGGUGACUCUCAGUGUCAGAGAUAACGAAGUGGGCGUGUUGGAGGUGACACAAGGGGAGAGGUCUGUGCUGCUGCCCUUUCAAACCACAGCUGACCUUCGUCAGGGCGUCACAGUGGAGUGGACACGCUCAGACUCCAAACACACCAAAGUCUGCGUGUUUCAGAAAAGCCAAAGUCAGGCAGACAAACAGCACCAGGGUUACAGAGGUCGCGCAGAGAUGGAUGAAGAUCCACUGAGAACUGGAGACUUCAGUCUGACCCUGAAAGACCUCCGCCUCACUGACAGUGGAGUCUACACCUGCACCAUCUAUAACAAGGAUGGACACAUGCUGCUACAGAGAGUAGUGACUCUCAGUGUCAGAGCAACCUUAAAGGGAGCCAUGGCAGACAUGCUGGCACGUCUCAGGAGGAGGAGGGCAGCAAAAUCUGAGAUUAAAGUGGAAAAGAGGAACACGAACCAAGAACAGGAACGUCUGACUGCUGAAGAAACAGUCUAAGGAGGAGGAGGAGCUGGUGAUGAAGAGCACCCUGUGUGUAUAUACAGUAUCUCUUGUGUAUUCAGCCCUGAGGAAGAUGAAGACGCAGCUUUGCUUUGGCCUUCCUCUGCUAACAGCUAACUAACCUCAGCCAGAUGUUCUGCAGCUGUUUGUCUAACAUUAGAAGUUUAUAAUGAUGAUGACCCCGAGCGUGUUUCUGCUGUUCUGAUGGAGUGAAAAUGCUUCAUUUGAGUCAAAGGUCAAAGCUGCUGACCGUCAGGAAGCAUCAGAGCUUCAGAGAAGAUCAGACAAACAUCAUGACACACCCCCUCUGACCCACGGGUCCUUCCUGCUCCAAUCUGAGCAGG